AUGGAUCCGCCGCGGACGCCGCUGCGCGAGCGCCAGCCCUCGCCGACCGGUGCCGCGCGACCAGCCAGCGCGGGCUGCCAGCCACGCACUCCCAAGCCGGCGACGUCGCCGUGCGCCCGGACGCCGCCGACGCAGCGAGGGACACGCACGCCAGCGACGCCGCCGACGCGCCCGCGCCACAGCAGCUCGCCGCGGUCGACGCCCGUGCGCGCCCUGGCCGUGUCGCCCAGCGCCAGGACGCCGGCAAGGCAACCGAGCACGCCGCGGUCGACGCCCGCGCGCGCGCGGUCUUUUUCGCCCGUCCUACAAUCCCCCGGCCUCACGCCCGUCGACCGUAGUGAUUCGAGACUCGGCGCGCCCUUCCCGCACUGGGCGCAGACGACGCCCCAAUCCUACGCGCGGUCGGCUCGGGCGUCGCGGAGUUUUGAAGUGGUGACCUGGAACUCGCGGCCCGGGCGCGCAUCGCCGACGCUCCGGGAGCGCCUCGCCGCGGCGCGGAAGAGUCCAAUGCCGCUGCGGACGCCGCCGCGCCGGUCUAUUGAUGAUGAGUGCUGCAGCAUUUGUCUGGAGCCGCUGAACGACGACAAACAAAAAAUACAUGUGUUGCAGACGUGCUCCCAUAGAUUUCAUCUAGACUGCAUUAAACGAGCGAGGGAGCGCAUGGCGACGCCGUGCUGCCCGCUGUGUCGGGGCGAUCUGGGUGCGGGCCUGACGCCGCAGCAGGCCCGGGCGCGGACGCCGGCGUUGGAUCGGUUUAGAUUUAGCGCGCACCGCGGCUACGCGGUGGCCGAGCACACCUCUGCAAUCAGAAGCAAUGCCUCGCGUGUUCGGGCGCGCAUGAUGGCCGCUCCGCUCCGGCCCCUCGGCGAGGACGACGGUUUGUUAGGCGGCGAGCCGCAGCGGUUCACGCUGACGGACGAGGACCCCGUGUUCUGA